AUGUCGGUUCGUCCUGCCGCCUCGAAACGAGGGUUGCUCGCUCGCCCGAUCGGGCCUGAAAGGGAAUUAGCGCGGCUUCCUAUCGCGCCCCGAAGCGAGGCCGUUCGUCAAAUCGAACGGGGUUGUCUAGCCGACGAAAAUGCCGCCAAAAUACCGAUUGCUCCUGCCCCUUGCGAAAGUCUGUGUUCAGGCCAUCUUGCCGAAGACGAGCUCGCUCGUGGACACAACCCUUUUAAUAAUCAUCUGCCAUGCUCCCGACUCACAACCAGUUUUCGCCCGACUUCGAGUCCCCGCCCCAUCGAAUUAUGGUCAUUCUGUCCCAUGUCGGACCAGGCAACGGAUACGUCGCGAUCGGCCGUCAGUCGGCCGCAAGAAAGUUUUGUUCCUACAACCCUCCGCAACGGCGUGUGUCCAUGCGAGAGCGGCUAA